UCAUCCACAAACUUGAACUACCACCACAUACCCAACACCACCCCCAAACCAACACUAUCAACAUGUCUUUCCACGUUACCGCUGAGGAUGCUCGCAUCGAGGUGCGCGAUAACCGCACCAUCCUCUUUGCUCGCCUCCGCCGCGAGGACGGCGAGUGGAACGACGCCAGCUACGAGCUUGACCAGAUCAUCGGAAACAACGAUGGUCACUUCCAGUGGGGUGGUCAGAACUUCACUGAGACCGCCGAGGAUAUCCGCUUCCACCCCAAGGAGGGUGCCGCCGAGCAGCCCAUUCUCCGUGCCAGGCUCCGUGACUGCAACGGCGAGUUCCACGACCGCGAUGUUAACCUCACCGAGAUCGUUGAGAACGUCAACGGCCAGUUCCAGGCCAAGUUUUAAAUGACCCGGACGCACACGCGAAGAAAUCCGUUGCCGGCGGCGCAUAGGGACCGUCGGGAUGUCAUGGGGAAUGAAUAGUCGUAAAGCAUAAUCUUUAAAUGGUACUAAGGGGUACAAGGUAGACAUUGGACACGAUAGCAAUGAAAGCCUUGUACAAAAAGCAAACAAACAUCGACUGCCUCGCACAUACGUAGACGUGUAUCUUGCACUGGCUUGACUCGGUAACCAGCAUGAUAACCAACGUAACAUCUAGCU